CGACCGCGUUUGCGCGUGUCUUGAAAUUGUUACACCCAUCUGCAACCAGAGGAUUUUGGUAAUCAACCCGCCCAUCCUUUCUCAUGGCGAGACGCCCUCGUCUUGCGGCGCAAGUCGCCCAAGCUUCCAUGCGAACCCCAAUCCCAAACAUUUCCGACAACGAAGACGAUGAGAUGCCAGACGCUACACCUGCAGAUCCGACAACGCCGCAAGCAGAUGAAGAUGAUGGAAUUAAUGAAGAUGAUGAAGACACGAACGAGGCGGAAGAGGCUCCCACACCUUCAAGAGGUUCAGAACAGCCCUCUCGCUCGGCCACUCCUCGUCGGGGUCCAGGGCGGCCAUCUCUACCUUUCAGCAGGCGAAAACGUCUAGGACGACCGCCGAAGCAUCGACCCCCUGUUUCUGAUGAUGACAAUAACGAUGUCGGAUCCGAAAUCAGCACACCCAAGAGGAGAGGUGGCUUCCGUGGCCACAGAGGAGGACGAUGGGGAAAGGCCAGAGGCGGCGCGACAAGAGCAGCAGCCCCUCUCGACGCGGACGGAAACCCAAUGGAGAUCGUGAAUGACGAGGUCGAAUUACCCGAAGAUCCAGAAGGAGAGACAAAAGUGGACAAAAGUGGCCAUCUCCUGGGUGGUAGAGAAUAUCGGGUCCGUACAUUCACCAUUUUGGGAAGAGAAGAUCGACUCUACAUGCUUUCGACGGAGCCAGCACGCUGUAUUGGGUUCCGCGACUCGUAUUUGUUCUUUCAGAAGCAUCCGCAUCUCUACAAGAUCAUCAUCGACGACGACGAGAAACGAGACCUCAUUGAACGGGAUGUCAUACCCCAUUCUUACAAAGGCCGGGCUAUUGGUGUUGUGACUGCACGCUCUGUCUUCCGUGAAUUCGGGGCGAGGAUUGUCAUUGGGGGAAAGAAGGUUACCGACGACUACGAAACACAGAAAGCACGAGAACGGGGGGAUGUCGAAGACGAGCUGGCUGUUCCUGAAGAUCGGCUUCCUCCACCCGGGGAACCGUACAACCGCAAUCAGUAUGUGGCAUGGCACGGUGCCAGUGCAGUAUACCACACCAAUGCACCAAGCGUACCGAACCAGGCAGUUAAAGCCCAGGAAGGGAAGAGACGGAAGAUUGUCGUUACGAGCGAUAAUUGGAUGUUUGAACAUGCGCGAGAAGCCAGUCGGUUCAACUCUACGCUGGCAGCAGGCCGUCUAGAAAAUCUGAAUGGGGUCUACGACAUUCACACCAACGCCAUGCAUUGGCCAAGUCAUAUGCAACCAACGCGUGCCCGAUGGGAAGUUGUCAAUGACGAAAAUGGUGCUGAGCUUCAGAAGGAGACAUACAAACUUCCUCCUCUUGAUCCGGUCUAUGCCAGGAAUUUUCGGAUACAUGACCUUUGUCUGGAAUCAGCACCAGAAUCAUGGCUAGGAAGGCCUGGUCCUGAUGGAGACAGUGAAGGGCUUUCGUCAAUACCACCAGAAAUUCUGGAAGAGCUUCCAGCCCAUUGCUUACAGGCCUUUGAAGAAGCCAAGGCACGUGAAGUCGAUUGGCGAGGCAAGUGGCAUUCAGAACGAGUCGAUGGUCUGCGGGCACGCUUUCUCACAUCCAUUGACUGGUACCCGAAAUGAAUAUGAAGCUCUCCACCUGAGAAUCUGCCCCUGAUGCCGCGCAUUUACGGUACUCGACGGGCACUCUGGGCCGAUGAUUAACUUCAGUGGAAGGAGGCUGCUACAACAGUUGUUUGACCCCCAACUACAUCUUGCACUGACAAGCUGAACAGAAGUCAAGCUCCAACUCCAGCUUGUCAGAGGCUUGCCCUCCUGCCGCUGCAGCUCGGCCAACUGAUUUGGCCGUCUCCUUGCCGGAAUCUUGUGUCGAUGAUUUUCUCCAGUUUCGUCCGUUCAGGACACGAGAAGAGCGAGGUUCGUGCAGGAACGUCCAGCCCACAUUUCAGCCCAGUUCUGCCGUUGAAGCGGAGUAGAGGUGGCAUUUGACAUCCUCUGGGCCAUAAUUUCGACCUUUGUGGGAAUUCAGACUUGCAAACCCGGUGGAACCCGACAUGGCUGCAUGCAGCAAAAAGUCCAAGCGUGACUUCAAGGAGUCGAACAAACCGAACCUCGGCGGAUUUCGUGGAGAAGGAGCUGUCUCAUUCUCCAUGAUUGGUUUGGCAGUUUCUGUCUCCUCCAGCAGCAUUCUACGAAGCCAAUGAAAUAUUACAGCACCACUCCUUCAAGUCAAUCGUGACAACGUAGAAUUUUCUUCCAGUGGAGUUGCUCGUAUCGAUUCUGCAUAUUCAUGGACCGGCGGCAGAAGAGACGAGACUUGUUAAGACAACCCGUGAGGGGUUGCAGAGCGGACGUAUUCUGUGAUCUCUAGAGUCCAUGGUGGGCAUUCGAGGACGAGUGAGAUGGAGCCUUUUCAUCCGCGUGGAUAUGGCCAUGUGCUCACGCUGUUCAGGAGGUAAACCCACGUUGGAGGCACUGUCUGUAUACCUGGUAGUUUCCCAACCGCCUUGCACGUGAGAGAGAACAAUGAUGUCGUUGUGCUGGAGAAAACUCCGAGGCAGUGUCGGAUCGUUCUAAGCGCAGAGCAAUACAGGUAAGCAGUGCCCAAAACGCUGCAGCUAAAGGAAAGGCACCCGGUGAGAAGACUGACACUAGCACUUACGAGCUGGCAUUACGAAAUCCAAGGGGGCGAAUCAAUCUAUAAUGGACAAGUAGCAAUAACGUCUCGAUCAAUAUGCAGAAUGAUGGCAGAGCAAGCACAUUCGCAGUAUUCUAGUAGGCGGCAUUCAAUUGUUUGUGAGACAGGGUUUCUGUCAUU